AUCCUGACUACGGUGCACAGAAGUAGAGAUGACUGUCCAUAGCCUGAGGUUUAAAGUUAUUGAACCCUUGUGCAAUCUUAUUUUCGCCACAUGUUGACUUUGGAUCAAAAGUACUUGGUGCAAAUGCUAUGUCCAUUCCUGGCCUAUAUGGGUUUGUCCAGAAAUAUCCGCUGCCUGAAGUGCAAAGCUGAGGGACCAAAGAAGUCAGGAGGAGGUGAUAUUGAAAUGAAGAAAGGUGAUUGGAAUUAUCCAAAGUGGGUCAAUUUUUCUCAAAAGUUCGACCCAAGGAAUUCUGUGUUGGAGUGGUCCAUUCUACUUAUUGACAACUCGAACCGAAGAGGGAAGAAGCAAUAUGAACCACCUAGGUACAUGACAAUAAAGACUGCUAUUGAGCAGCUCCUGGAAGUUGUGCAAGCAAAAGUAGAAUCUGUCUGCAAUGAAGACACGGAGUGUGUUGGUUUUGCUAGAAUUGGAAGUGAAGAUCAGAUCAUUGUGGCUGGUACAAUGAAGCAACUUCAAUUGCAUGUUUUUUUCCUAUCAAAUAGUACUGUAGGAGUGUGCAACUACUCAAAUUUUGACGUGUUAUUAUGUAAAAAAUUAAACUCUUCAAUAUUUUGUACUGAUAGUAGUAACUUUUCAAUAUGUUGAAUAUUUAAGACUACUUGAAUACUUAAAGAACAUUUUGUUGUUGAUGACAGUGUUGAAUGUUU